AUGGGGAAAACCAACGUAAAGCAUAAAUCGGCAAAGUCCGGACGAAAAGGGCUUCCCGGGGUUUGCGCUAACACAUCCACCGCCUCUUCCUCCGCCCUGUCGUCUGCCGCCCUAAAGCAUCUCAGUCCGAAAGAAUUAUGUCAAAAGGCUGUGAAGGCUACCAACGAGUUUGAGCCGCAGCAGGCGCUGAACUGCUACAAGGCUGCACUAGCCAAACUGGAUUCUCAGUCUCCUGCCGGCGCUGCCACAGCCAGCGGUGACUUCGGAGCCUCUGAACAGCUUUCAAUGGCCCUACAGUGUCUCCAGUCAUCUGCCUUCAUCCUCCUGGAAUUGGGCAGGGUUGAGGAGGCCCAAAAGCUUCUAAACCGAGCCGUCUCGCUUUCGCCAGAUGAGGGUUAUGAGAAGUACAUGUACCUGGCCCAGUUAUCGGAGGAGAAAGACGCCGUCGAACUCUACCUGCGUGGCAUUUCGGUUGUUAACGCGGCGAUGGAGGUAUUUUUUUCUCUUUCUCUCUCUGCUGCUUCACAAGAAUCUUCUUUCAUUUUAUCCGGAGCUGUUCUUAAACUGUUUGUUUUUAUGUGA